AUGAAGGCUGUCAUACAACGUGUCAAGUCCGCCUCUGUGACGGUAGAUGGCCAGCUCGUCUCUACCAUAGGUAAAGGUCUACUAGUCUUUGCAGCCAUUGGCAAAGACGACACAGCCAAAGAGGCCGAGUCUAUGGCUUCCAAAGUCCUCAAGGUAAAGUUCUGGGACGGCGACGAUGGAAAGAAGUGGAAACAGAAUGUCCAAGACAUUGACGGCGACGUCCUGUGUGUCUCGCAGUUCACACUUCUUGCAUCUACCAAGAAAGGGAACAAGCCCGACUUCCACAAAGCAGCGCCGCCCGCCUUGGGCAAAGAACUAUACGACACCUUCUUCAACCAAGUCCGCAAGCUCUACCGCGAGGACAGAGUCAAAGAUGGCGUCUUCCAAGCCAUGAUGGAUGUUGGACUCGUCAACGAUGGACCGGUAGGUGAUUCAGAUCCCCAAGGAGACGACCCUGCAGCAUUUCCACUCCCCCCGAUUGCCCUGGACUACCGCUCGGAGGACGAAGUGGUCACAAUCGAGAUGGAAACAAAUCCACCCGAGAUGAGGAAUCCCACCAACAUGGAGCCACUGAAAGAGGGCCACACCACCAAGACCAAUGUGCAGAAGACCUUCGAGCUCCCAGCCUCGUUACUCGAAUGA